CUCCCCCUCCCACCUCUCGGCACCUGGCAACCCGAUCUCAUCUUUUCUUCACCCAUAGCUUUCCUCGUUCAACACAACCUCUCUAGAGUGCUGUCAGGAUGUCUGCCCUCACCCAAGAGAACGUGAGCAAGCUGCCCACCACGACCUCGCCUGGCUCGAGGACCCCCUCGCUGCACCAGCCGACUCUGUCGCGCCGCUCUUCCGUCUCGGCUGGCAUCGGCCCGAACCACAAUGUCGAUGUCAACCAGAUCGGUGUGCCGGGUACGACUCCCCGUCGCGACAGCCGCCCUAAGCACCAGCGCUCUCUGACGGGCUCCUACUUCCCAAGCCAGCCCGGAGCCAAGGAGGGUGACGAGUGGACUGUUGGCGACGCUCAGACCUGGAAGACGGCCAUCGAGGCCGAGCAGGUCGACAAGGACGAUGUCCAGGGUGUUGCCAACACGGUUGUCCGCCAUGUCACGACUACCCUUGCCCGUCAGGCUGGCAACCUUGACGAGCUCGGUGCCUACCAGGCCACCGCCCUCUCGGUGAGGGACCAGCUCCUCAAGCGCUGGAACGAGACCACCUCGUAUCACACUAAGAACGCCCCCAAGCGUGUGUACUACCUCUCCAUCGAGUGGCUCAUGGGCCGUACCCUGGACAACGCUGUGCUCAACCUCGACAUGAGGAACACGUAUGAGUCGGCCACCCAGAAGCUUGGCUUUAACUUUGAGGACCUUCUCAACGAGGAGCGUGAUGCUGCUCUGGGUAACGGUGGUCUUGGUCGUCUGGCCGCUUGCUACAUUGACAGCAUGGCUACGCUUAACCUUCCUGGCUGGGGUUACGGCCUUAGGCAACUCAUUUCGAGCACCGGCGAGCAGCUCGAGGCUCCUGACCCGUGGCUCGACCGUGAGAACCCUUGGGAGAUUCCGCGUCUUGAUGUGUCCUACCCUAUCCGCUUCUACGGCCGUGUGGAGGCGAUCCCCAACUCGUCUCGGGCUAUUUGGUCUGGCGGAAACGAGUGUCUUGCUGUUGCGUAUGACGUGCCCAUUCCUGGCUUCGCUACGAAGAACACUGCCAACCUCCGCCUCUGGGCUGCCCGUCCCAUCCAGGGCUUUGACCUCAACUCGUUCAACGCGGGCAACUACGAGGCCUCGGUUGCCAGCAGCAGUGACGCCGAGAACAUUACUCGCGUGCUCUACCCCAAUGACAACAUGUACGCUGGCAAGGAGCUGCGUCUCAAGCAGCAGUACCUUUGGUGCUCGGCGUCGCUCCAGGACAUCCUUCGCCGCUACCAGAAGCUCAACCUCCCCUGGGACCAGCUUCCAGACUACGUCGUUAUUCAGAUGAACGACACCCACCCCACCAUCUCCAUUGUCGAGCUCAUGCGCAUCCUCAUCGACGAGGAGGAGGUGCCCUACGACGUUGCCUGGGGAAUCACAACCAAGGUCUUCGCGUACACCAACCACACGGUUCUCCCCGAGGCGCUCGAGAAGUGGCCCCUUCCGCUCUUUGAGAACCUCCUCCCGCGCCACUUGCAGAUCAUUUACACGAUCAACAUGAACUUCCUUAACGAGGUUGCCAAGCGUUUCCCUGGCGACAUGGACCGCAUUCGCCGCAUGAGCAUCAUCGAGGAGGGUACUCCCAAGUUUGUUCGCAUGGCUCACCUGGCGAUUGUCGGCUCGUUCAAGGUUAAUGGUGUUGCCGCCCUUCACAGCCAGCUCCUGCAGUCGACCAUCUUCCGUGACUUAAAGGGACGUGAUGGCUUUACCAACGUCACCAACGGUGUCACUCCUCGCCGCUGGCUCCUGCAGUGCAACCCUCGCCUUGCUCAGCUGAUUACGGACACCCUCGGCUCGGAGCACUGGCUCGUCAACCUGAAGCAGAUCUCUCAGCUUCUGCCAAUGGCCGACAAUGCCGAGUUCCGCCACGCUUUCCGCGAAAUCAAGAUUGAGAACAAGGCUCGCCUUGCCGACGUCCUCCACAGCGAGCUCGGUCUCAGCGUCGACGUGGACAGCAUCUUCACCUGCCAGAUCAAGCGUCUUCACGAGUACAAGCGCCAGACGCUUAACCUCUUCGGUAUCAUUCACCGCUACCUUCGCAUCAAGAAGGCCACGCCGCAGGAGCGUAAGAAGAUCGCCAAGCACACGGCCAUCUUCGCCGGCAAGGCUGCGCCUGGCUACUACAUCGCCAAGCUGGUCAUUCGCCUCAUCGUCAACGUGGCGAAGAUUGUCAACCACGACCCUGAUGUUGGCGAUCUCCUCCGCGUUGUCUUCAUCCCCGACUACAGUGUUUCGGUUGCCGAGGUCCUGAUUCCCGCCGCGGACGUCAGUGUGCAGAUCAGUACCGCUGGUACUGAGGCCUCUGGAACUAGUAACAUGAAGCUGGGUCUUAACGGUGCCCUGCUCCUGGGCACUGUUGAUGGCGCCAACGUUGAAAUUGCGGAAGAUGUGGGAGAGGACAACGCCUUCCUGCUCGGCCACCUGGCAGCGGAUGUCGAGGCUGUCCGCUACUCCAACUCCUACAACCCCACCUCCCUGGAGGAGCGCUCUCCUGAGCUGGCUGCUGUCUUCAAGGCUAUCGAGGCCGGCACGUUCGGUGACGGACACGUGUACGAGCCCCUUCUUAAGACUAUCUACGACCACGACUACUACCUGGUCUCUAAUGACUUCGGAUCGUACCUUGCUGCCGAGAACCUCGUCGACGAGCUCUGGGCUGACCAGGAGGAGUGGACUAAGAAGUCGAUCAGGACUGCGUUCGCCAUGGGCUCGUUCACUUCCGAUCGUUCAGUCCAGGACUACGCGGACUCGAUCUGGUCCAUCGAGCCCGACCCGGUUCCUGAGAACUAGUGGCGUCCUUUCACGCCGUAGGCGAUACAAGAUAAAAGAUAUUGUUGCUGGAAAUGAAUUGAAUCUGAACCGUCUCUAGUCGCAUAAUCGACACUCAUAUCAUGGUUUAUGCUUCUUGUCACUUGGCUCGUCACCCCCUUCAAGUGGUCGUUUUGAACUCUCCACAGCAGGCUUGGAGGCACUGGCUGUUGGUGGCUUGGGCUUCUUCUUGACGACCACACCCUUCAUCAGAGACUUGAUGUCCUUCUUGGCAGGUUUUGGCGGAAUGCGCUUCACUGGCGGUGCUGGCUUCGCAGUGGCAACCUGUGGCUCGGCGGCAGCCAAUGCAGUCGCUUGGCGUUUGUCGACGGCGCCUACUCUUUGUACCCCAUCACUUCAGCGUCGUCUUCCUCUGCCACCUUUUGCUCAUGGGCUCGCUUUUCCUUGAUCUUUUCGGCCAGAAAGUCUAGCUCGUCUGUUUGAAGGCCACGAUACUGGUUCGAAAGUUUCAUCUUGUCAUCCCAUUCCUCCUGCUUGAGAAUGCGUUGCUCCUCAAGCCUUUCAUACAGUGUCCUGCCGUCAUCCGGCUGUUCGAGCAUUUGAGGGGGCGGCUCCUGUCCUAUCCUCUCGUACGCUUCCUUCCAUUCCUGCUCUCUCCUGGCGGUGGCCUCGUCGAGGGCGUUCUGGGAUACGAAC